CAACAGUAAUUAGAGCUACAUUAUAGAAGUUUGAUUCUAACUCCAAAAGGCCUCACCCAUGCUCGUGCACAAGGUUUUAAUUGCAUCGGUCUUAAUCUCCACUCUUCUUGUUCAACUUGCUGAAGCAGCCCUGAUGGUACCAAGUUGUUCUGCUUUCGAGUCUUCCUAUAUUCUGCUCGUUUGAUUUUCUUCUCUUCUAGUUCUACAUCAAACUAACUAAUGUCGAUUCCAAUCAAAUGGAACAGCCCUUGUUUUUCCUUGAUAAACGCGGGGAGUUGGAUAUGAAGGGGGACGAUUCCAAGCUUCCAAAAAUGGGUACAAAGCUAUAUAUAAACAGUCAUCUGUCUUUAUCGCACAUAAAAUGCGAAAACAUCAUACCCUUCGAUAAAUUUUGGUACCCAUGAGGCUGCUAUUGUGCACGCGCGCGCAACAAGCCACGACGAUAUAAGAAUCGCCUUUUGCCUUGUCCCUCGUCCCAUGCAAUGCUCAAUGCUUAACACCAUGUCAACAGAAACUGCACCCACCAAUCUCACCGUCAACCCCUUGGAGGAUCUCCAGGUCACCCUCAAUCCCGAUGGCACCCUCAACCGCGACCGCUUCGUCUUUCCGGACACCUCCGCUACACCCGAUCCCACCCCGCCCACCAUUUCAGUCCUCUCGAAGGACGUCACGAUCAACUCUUCACACAAUACCUGGGUCAGGAUUUUCCUACCCCGCCAUGCACUGUGCUCGGAGGAGAAACUCCCUCUCAUAGUUUACUACCAUGGCGGGGGAUUCAUUGUCGGCAGCGCAGCCUCAACAAUAUUCCAUGAAUUCUGCGUCACUCUGGCGAGCGAGCUCUCCGCCAUCAUUGCGUCGGUGGAGUACCGCCUCGCCCCAGAGCACCGGCUCCCAUUGGCGUACGAUGACGCGGUCGAGGCGUUGCACUGGGUUAAAACCACCCGAGAUGAGUGGCUUGCGGACCACACCGAUCUCUCCACGUGCUAUCUCAUGGGCACCAGCGCAGGAGGCAACUUGGCCUUCCAUGCAGGGCUGCGUGCAUCCGCGUCACACCACGACCUCGAGCCAUUGAAGAUCCGAGGGCUGAUACUGCACCAACCCUUCUUUGGCGGCACCCAGCGGACACCAUCGGAGCUGAGGCUGGCAAACAACCAGACACUGCCGCUGGCGGCCAGUGAUCUCAUGUGGGAGCUGUCACUGCCGAUUGGGGUUAACCGGGACCACGAGUACUGUAAUCCAGUGGUAGACGGUGGCUUCAAGCUCUCGGAAGGGUUGGAUAAGAUGAGGUCGCUAGGGUGGAGGAUACUGGUCACCGGCUACGACGGAGACCUAUUGAUCGAUCGACAGGGGGAGCUAGCGAAACUGUUGAAAGAGAAGGGACUGAGUGUGGUGAGCGAUUUCACGGAGGGCGGUUUUCACAUGAUCGACCUCCUGGAGCCGGACAAGAGCAAACCUCUGGUCCAAACCUUAAAGACUUUCAUGUAGACGACGGUGACAUGUGAGGGCGUGGUCGGUACUCUGAAUAGGAUCUCCACCCCAAAAUGUCGCCUGAGCUCUCUCUUUGUUUAUUAUGUCGUGCGAAAUUGAAAGGGUCAUGACGGCUCUUGAUCCCUCGAUAUUGCAUGCAGUUAUCUCUUGUCUAAAUUGAUCCCUGUCGCCUCUAAGACUUAAAGGGUAUCCAUCAUAUGUAUACUGUUGUUUCUAGUUGGUUCACUAUUUUUGCCCUUGAGAAUUGAUACUUUAACUUUAUUUAAUCAUCAGUUCGUAGUGUGGGGGAAAAGUUCCAUUGCUUUUCUGAAGUUGAUUCUUAUUCUUUUUUGUUCCGGUCGAUGAAUUACAGGAUAAUGGGGACACUAUGAUUCAUUGAUAAUAUUGUUAGAAAAUAACAUGACAUUCUUUCUUGUUUGGUGCUUGUUCAUUUGACUUGAUCAUUUUGCUUAAACCAUCCACUUACAUAUCACUUUAUUAAUAGAUUUUUGGAUUCCUAGUAUUUACCGUGGAUUUUUCUUGCCAUCCAAUCGAAAGUCGAUGAUUAUUAGUUCUCUUUUUACUCAAACACGCACCGGAAGUCAUAUCAUUAAGACACCCAAACUAAGAUAACGUCUGCAGGCGAAUCCAUUU